CUGCACUGCACGCUGCAAGAUUCAGGUCGCAUGAGAUCUACUACUAGUACAGGGCGUUGACUGGAAUCAGGGAACCAUGUCGGUCUUCUACACUGCGUGACCACGUCUAUAGACUCGUGGAUUUGGUAUGCCUCGACGACCCUCGCUGCUCUAAUCGGUUUGACGAUGAGAUCCCUUGCUGCCGCUUAAGGACUUGGACUUUGGCACGCGCAACACAUCAUUUAUUCACUAUUCCACAUCCCUGCCGCCCACGACCGAGUCGAUAUCUGCACCCUGUUCGAGAUGCUCGCCGCGGUCACCCUUGAAUACCACGAUUGAUCGAACCCGAAAUCCUGUGCGUGCAGAUGGACGGACAGUAGACCGGCUGGGUCUAUAUUCCUAUACUAUAGCCGACUCUUCCGAAGCCAAAGCCGCUUGAAGGGCUGGCCCUUACGAAUCCGGAACCCAAUCCUCCUGCGACACGAUAGAAGAAAGAAGCAGACCGACCAUAUUUCCCGGAAGGUGGUUGUGGCUUAUACCCGGCGUCUCUGGGCUAGGACCAAGACCAAGAUCAACAAUCAGGAUAUAGAGAGAGAGAGAGAGACCGACCUUACCACGCAUGCCGUGAUGGCGUGGUACUCGAUCCUCCCGUCGCAUUUGACAACGUAUGAAACUUGGAUCAUUCGCGGAUUUCUCCUCCUGGCAAUCAUCAACAUCUCCCCAUGGAUCCUGGCCAUUCUCUAUGACCUUGUUUAUUACCUCGGCCGGAUCGUGUGGCAUGAGGUUCCUAUCUGGGGCGGUCGGGCCCGCGGAGAACACAGACCUCGCGCUCCGAGUUUGAGAGACAGAGACGGCCACAACCGAAGAAGGAGUAAAAGGGGUUUGAGUUUCGCGGAUAUAAUUGGAGCCGGAGGAGGACAGGGGAAUACGAGGGGAGAAGGAAGAAGAGGAGGUGGAGAUGGUGGUGGUGAGGAGGAGGCGGUUGUCGUUCAUGGUGAAAGUGUCGACGCAGCGAACGACGAUUUGAGAGAUAUCGAGUUCCGGCACAGGAAACCAGCAACGGCAAGCUCGAGCGGUGGACGUGGGAGCCAAGUGAGAUACGAACGAGACGAAGAUGAAGACUAAAAUACAAGAGACUGCGGACUUUCGAUCGUUGACGACGAUGAUCAUGAUGAUACCAUGAUCCAUAUAAUUUAACACGGUUUCUAUCCUUCCUCGAUCCGGCCCAAAAGCCCGACCCAAUGGCCUUUCACAAGUAGGUACGAAGUACCGUAUACACUGCUUCCAGACACGGCACGAGAUGUCGUUUUAUCUUCCAUUCCCAGCCAUGCGAUGGGCGAGUCCUGUCUGAACUAUUUAUUCCACAACAAACACCUAAUCCACGGUGCGGUGCAUCCUGAAUAUCUUGGGAUUCUAGCACCCUAUCCUCUCUUUUCUACAGCCUGAGAUACUAGCACUGUUCAAGUUGGCGCACGCAGUAAGGUGUAUUGCUCAUUUCUUCUCUUCCAGUUGUUGUUGUUUCGCCUCGAGAAACUCGACAUGUGUUAUAAUCUUGUCAAACUGAUACGGCCAAUUGACGACAUACAAGAACGGCCGCAGGUCAUGUCUGUUAUCAUCGGGAUCUGCAACACAACACACACAUUAGUAACCGUCAGCCACUGCACCAGCACCAGCUUCCUGUCCUCUCUAUGAAAACUGGAAAGGCAAACAAAGUCGAGGUCAACGCAAAGCAAACUUACUAUAAGCAGACAAGUGAAUCGAGGGCGUGAUAAUAGUGGCCUUGUGUCUGUUGAUCGAGUAAAAGCGGAAAAAGUGCAUGACCUUCUCUGCAAUCUUGCGCGGCGUCAUGCCGGGCCGGUCUUGCCAUUGAUACAGCAGACGGACGUACGACGACCAGGGGCCAAGCUUUUCGACUCGGCGCAGGAUUCCAAACACCGAGAGUUCUUCGUACGACAUGCCCAUCUCGGUUGGAGAUUCGUCGUCUUGCACACCGGCGGAGAGCGGAAGGAGUUCGGCGGUAGGGGUUGCUUCGAUGAAUUCCUAGGCACGGUCAAUUAGCAUCUGGCUGUACCGUCUGUGCCGUCGAUCUUGUUCAGCCGCUGGUUUGAGUUCACGUACCGUCAUGAUCGGAAGGUCCCAAGUCUCUCGUGCCCAUCUAGUUGUUCGUUAAGUCAGUUCUUUUUCACACUCGGAAGAAUUGUCCGGUCCGACAAACCUCUGAAACCGCUUAGCAUCGUUCUUGGAAAUACUGCCCAAAGGCGCCAGGUCUCCUGACGAGGCGUCAUAUUUGGUAUAAUAUCCGCGAAGAUUUUCGUCCUGAAACAGGGCACUAUCAGUAUGGACCAAAACCUUAGGAGGACGUAUGCGGUCGACACUUACCACGUUACCACUUGUCAGAACAAGCAGAGCAGAGCCGGCCCUAGGAAGCUUUCUUGCCGUCGUAGCCAACUGCGCAAGCGAAUAUUGGACAACCAUCCGAUUCCGGGCCUGCACGUUCUGCAACGCAAGGUUCUCAGCGGGCGUACCGCCUUCGACCGAAUACCUGGGCGUGAACUGCAAAGCAUUUCUGAUGAUCGACUGAUGAGCUUCGACGGCCUCGUCGAUGGAGAUGUCCAAAUGGUUGUGAGUAGAAGAUUGACGAUCUCCUCUGGUGACUUAGGCACAAGGUCUGGGAGACCAGUGACACGUCGAAGGUCGGCCAGUGUGUUUUCCUCGCCUAGCUCAAUGGA